AAAUUUUGUUCUAGCCAAUCAACAUCAACGUACUAGCAACUGCUGUCGGACCGCUUAUGCACUGAAGCGCUUAGCUAUCCUCUUUUAAUUCGACGCACAUUUAUGUGUUUGUUAGCUCAAUAUUUUAGGAAAACGUACUCAAGUCGAGAAUAAAAUAUUUUAUUACCUGACACCCGCCCGCCACUACCAAAGAGCAUGGUCGCAAGUGAGUACAAAUUGAACCAGGGGCCAGAAGAUGGCAUCACCGCCGUCAAGUUCAGCACCAGCACCGCACACUUGCUGCUGGUGUCCUCCUGGGACUCCACAGUGCGCCUCUACGACGUGGUAGCCAACACUAUGCGUAUGAAGUAUCAACACACAGUUCCGGUCCUGGAUUGUGCUUUUUAUGACCCGACACAUGCUUGGAGUGGAGAUCUAGAUGCAAAUUUGAAAAUGCAUGACUUGAAUACAGACCAGGACACCGUAGUGGGAAAGCACGACGCCGCUAUCCGUUGUGUGGAACACUGCCCGGAGGUGAAUGUCAUGGUGACGGGAAGCUGGGACAGGUCAGUCCGACUCUGGGAUCCGAGGGCGCCCUGCAACGCCGGCACCUUCACGCAACCGGAGAGGGUGUACACCAUGUCUGUGGCGGGCGACCGACUGAUCGUCGGCACCGCGGGCAGACGCGUGCUGGUGUGGGACUUGAGAAACAUGGGCUACGUGCAGCAGAGGCGAGAGUCCAGUCUCAAGUUUCAGACCCGCUGCAUCCGAGCCUUCCCCAACAAGCAGGGUUACGUGUUGAGCUCCAUCGAGGGCCGCGUGGCUGUAGAGUACCUGGACCCGAGCGUGGAGGUCCAGAAGAAGAAGUACGCCUUCAAGUGUCACCGGCUGAAGGAGCAAGUUGAGCAAGUCUACCCCGUCAACGCCAUCUCCUUUCACAGCGUGCACAACACAUUUGCAACUGGUGGCUCUGAUGGCUUUGUCAACAUCUGGGAUCCGUUCAACAAGAAGCGCUUGUGCCAGUUCCACCGCUACCCGACGAGCAUCGCGUCGCUGUCCUUCAACAGCGACGGCAGCCUGAUCGCCAUCGCCUCUUCUUACAUGUACGAGAUGGGCGACGUCAGCCACCCGGAAGACGCCGUCUACAUCCGCCAGGUCACAGAUGCCGAGACCAAGCCCAAGUGAGUCCGGAGGGCCACUCCCUUGUUCUAUGUCCACGACAGACUGUCGCAAAUUGCUCUACUUUUUCAGCCAAAACACACAAACGCCCAAGUUGAACUUUGUUCAGUGGCCUCAGCGUUUAAAGAUUUUACCUACUGGCAUCCAGUCUAAGACGCGCCCCCCCACCCCCCCCCCCACCCCCCGUUUCUUCUUUCUUUUGCGCAAUUGUUUGGCUUUCUUCUACUGUGGUCAUGUUAUAUCUUGCUCAAGUAAUUUCACUUCUGUAGUAAAACAUUUUGAAUACAUUUUCCGUGGCGCAUUUUGAAGUUUGUGGUAUGUGUAGCGUUUCACCCAGACUGUGGCCUGACACUGAUAAGACAUCAGCAGAUCUCCUUUUAUUGGCAAGGAAGUCAUCGCGACAGUCUGUGUCCGGUAGGCUGGGUGCAACUUGGCCCAAAAAAAAAAAAUAAUAACCAUGAUGAUGUUCCAUUCUAGAUCAUUUGAGAUACAGAACAAAACGGGCAAGGGUGACCAUUUUCUUCCUCCUUCAGUUUGGAUUUUGAAAUUCACAUAAUAGAAUUUGUCAGGCCCCUUCAGCCAAAGACGAUGGAGAUAUACAGUCAAUGAUUCUAUUUAAGUGCUAAUGGCUCAAUGGACCUCCGCUGCAUCCUGGAAAUGAUUAGCUAGCUGGCUUUUCGCUUGUCAUUUCCAUGAUGCUGGAUGUCUGAUUGGAUCAGAGCCUAAUAUGAAACGGCAUUUACGCCACUGCCCUUUGUUCGACAGACAAAAUUGUUUGUCUUGUUACCCUAGGAGGAACUGUUCCUUUUCAAUAAGGCAAAAUGAAUGCGCCUCGCUAUCUUAUUUACCAUACGCCUGUUGACCAAUUGCUGUUCUAUUAAUAAAAGUUCUUGACUAUAAAACUAA